AUGAUUAGCUGUUUGGUUGCGGCAGCCAGCGCCGGCUUAAUCCCGGCAUCUCCUCUCACCUACGCCGCACCCACCUACCACGGCUACCAAGCCGCCCCCGUGGCCUAUGCCGCUGCCCCUGUGGCCAAGCUCGCAUACGCCGCCCCCGUCGCCAAGCUCGCGUACUCCGCCCCCGUUGCCAAGGUCGCCGUUGAGGAAUACGACGCCCAUCCUCAGUACAGCUUCGCAUACGACGUGCAGGACGGUCUCACCGGAGACUCCAAGUCGCAGCACGAGAGCCGCGACGGUGACGUCGUCCAGGGCUCCUACUCGGUCGUGGACCCCGACGGCACCAGGCGCACCGUGGACUACACCGCUGACCCGCACAACGGCUUCAAUGCCGUCGUUCACAAAGAGCCCCUCGCCGUGAAGGUCGCAGCUGUGGCCAAGGUCGCCGCCCCCGUUGCAUACCACGCCGCUCCAGUCGUCCACGCAGCACCCGUGGCCUACCAUGCUGCCCCCGUAGCCUAUGCUUCUCCAGUCUACCACCAC